AUGCUUUAUCUAACCUCAAAGUUGUGGACAUAACAGCAUACGAGAUUUCCCACUCUCCUAUCCCCUUUUGGUUGUAAAAUAUGGAGUUCUUCAGCUUAGUUCUAUAUCUCUUGUUAACCACCAUUUUGUUAACCCUCCUUCCACUACUAAGCAGAAGCAGAGCAGGCCCAAAGCUUCCACCUGGCCCGGCACCGCUUCCGGUUGUCGGAAACCUUCUGAAACUCGGUGACAAGCCCCAUAAGUCCCUGGCCGAGCUGGCCAAAAUCCACGGGCCAAUCAUGAGUUUGAAACUGGGCCGAAAAACCGCAGUGGUCAUUUCAUCACCAGCCUUGGCGAAAGAAGUCCUCCAAAAACAGGAUCUCGCCUUCUCCAGCAGAACCAUCCCCAACGCCGCCCAUGCCCACGACCACGACAAAUACUCCGUUGUAUGGUUGCCGGUGGCAGAUCGGUGGCGAAGUCUCCGUAAAAUCAUGAACUCUCAUAUAUUUUCAGGUAGCAGACUUGAUGCUAAUCAAAAUCUACGCAAGAAAAAGGUGCAAGAACUCAUUGACUAUGCCGGAAAAUGUUGCCAAGAUGGUAUUGCGGUGGACAUAGGCAGCGUCAUUUUCACAACAUCCCUAAAUUUGUUAUCCAACACCUUAUUUUCAGUGGAUAUCGCCAAUCCAAAUCAAGAUUCAGCGAAACAAUUCAGGGAUUUGGUUUGGCAAAUCAUGGUAGAGGCCGGUAAGCCCAAUUUGGUUGAUUACUUUCCUGCCCUUGAGAAGAUUGAUCCACAGGGAGUAAGGAGUCGAAUGAUGGAUUAUUUCAAGAAAAUGCUUGAGUUGUUUGGCCGACUGAUUGAUGAACGAUUGGAGUUGAGGAGAUUGGGGGAAAGUGGUGGAGAAAAGGAUGUGAUAGAUAUUCUGCUCAAUAUCAAUGAAGAGAAUAAUGAAGAGAUCGAUAGAACUCACAUAGAGCAUCUGUGCUUGGACCUAUUUGUAGCAGGGACUGAUACGACAUCGAGCUCAGUUGAGUGGGCAAUGGCAGAACUACUGCACAGUCCUAAUACUUUAGACAGAGCCAAAGCCGAGCUUGAAAAAACUCUUGGCAAAAGGAAAACGGUACAAGAAUCAGACAUCGCACAACUUCCUUAUUUGAGAGCAAUCAUGAAAGAGACCAUGAGGCUACACCCGCCGGGUCCAUUUUUAAUCCCACACACGGUUGAGGCAGACGUUGAAAUAUCUGGCUACACAGUCCCACAAGGGGCUCAAGUGCUAGUGAAUGCUUGGGCUAUUGGUCGCGACCCAAGCGUAUGGACAAACCCAACCUCAUUUAUGCCUGAGAGGUUUUUGGACUCGGACAUCGAUUUCCGAGGUAGAGACUUCGAGCUGAUACCUUUUGGAGCAGGACGAAGAAUUUGCCCCGGAUUAUCUCUGGCCGUACGGGUAGUUCCGGUGAUGUUAGGUUCGCUCAUAAACUCGUUUGAUUGGAAGCUUGAAGGUGAAAUCAAGCCAGAAGAGUUGGACAUGGACGACAAGUUUGGCCUUACCUUACAAAAGGCUCAGCCUCUGCGUGUUGUUCCAUUCCCUCUAUGACAAUGUUUUGUCUUGUGUUUUUGGUAUAGAUGCUACGCUAUGUGGCUCACUGCUAAUUUUUUUACUUAAGUAAGCCUAAUUAAGCAUAACAUGGCUUUAAAAGUCCUUUUAUUUUAUUUUAUUUUAAAUACUUGAGGACAUGCAUUGCAGCUUUGCAAAACAAAUCCUUGACAAACAUACAUUUAAGGCA